CCGAUCGCAGCGAUUGAUCGAUCGAUUGGAGGAUGUGGGUGUGGUGCAGCGUCCUGUGUGUGUCUCUGGUCUGUGGUUUGGCUCUGGACUCCAACACCAUCAGAUCCUCCAAGGAGGCACCGCCACAGAGCUCCGAGCAGCUGCAGGAUCGUUCCCAUGGCGACCAGACGGAGAUGACCUCCAACUCCCGGCGCCAACCAGCACCUGGAUGUUCUGCACCCAAGUGCGACACGCCUCCGAGGGGCGGCUGCAGUAACCGGGCUCAGAGGAGGCCGUCCUCUGCAGACAGACAGGUGGACAGACAGCGAGACAGAGAGACAGACAGACAGAGAGACGGUGACGGCUUCAACAGGACCAAAGCUCAGGAGAUGUCCAGCUGUGUGAGGUCAGGUGACUGUGCUGCUGGUCUGUGCUGCGUUCGUUACCUGACGGGGAAACGCUGCCAGCGGAUCCCGGUGGAGGGUGAGGCCUGCCUGCUGCGAGGCCCCACCAAGCUGAGGAGGAACCUGGGCCGCUGCGACUGCGACGCCGGGCUGAGCUGCACCGCCGCCGGCCGGGCCGAGCCGGGCCGGGCCGAGCCGGGCCGGACCAAAGGCCAGGGGGUGUGUCUGCCCCGGCCCAGGCAGGGCCAGAGGAAAACACGGCAUUCUGGGAAGAAGAGGAGGACGGCAGAGCGGAGCUGCUGACGGACUCCUGUAGCUCCUUAUGUAAACCUCCGUCUGUAGAAAGUUCUAGAAGCUUCGACCUUCAGGUGCGUCGUCACCUGAGGCGGCCAUGUUGGAAGGCUUUAGAUGAUCACAGCUAGUUAGCGUAGCAUCGUGACAGCUGAGCCCGCUGUGGAGCCCAAACCCAGGCCCCGAAAGUUAACCUUCAAUACAAGUCUGUAAAAUAAAGUUGAUUUUACCUGUUCUCAGGUGUGUGUGGGCGUGGCCAGGCUGGGUUUGAUUCACAGCUCCUUCGUUCAACUUCAGCUCCACUGUGUUUAUCUGUACAGGAAGUGAUGUCACAAGGAAAACAACCAUAAAAUGCAUCAUGGAGAGACAUAAAACAACCACAAAGAGACACAAAAAGACACAAAAUGACGGCAAAGAGACACAAAACGAUCACAAGGAGACACAAAAUGACCACAAAGAAACACAAAAUGACCACAAAGAGACACAAAGCGACCAGAAAGAGACACAAAACGACCACAAAGAAACACAAAAUAACCACAAAGAGGCACUAGACAGCACAUCGGCAGAAAACAAAUCUGAAAUAAAAAUAUAAAAAUGUGUUUCCAUCAGAAGUUUUAACAUUUUCACUUUAAAUUUUGUCCAAACUGUUUUUACCAUAUUUAAUGUGAUUUUUCUCAUUAUUGUCAUAUUUUUGCUUUUAUUUAUAGAACACAUAUUUUAUGAUUCAUGUUUUGUGUGUUGACUUUUAUUUUUCUGUAAUAAAUUCAGUUUGAAUAAAACGUGACACUUAAAACGACA